UUGAUUUAAAAGGUUUGAAAUAAAAACAAACUUCUGUUGUGGAUAUAGCAUGUGGUGGAAUUCAUUCAUUAGAGAUUAAAAACCAGUCAAGAUGAAUGUCGAAUCAAACAGUGUUACUAUUGUGAGUAAACCAGUUUCCAGUCCAGAACCAGCUCAAACCACAGAUGCCACGACGACAUCCCUGGAGGAAGGUCCCAUGUCCAAACGGCAGCGUAAAAAGCUGCUCAAACUACAGCAAUGGGAAGUUAAGAAAAAGGAUAAACGGCUCAAGGAGAAGGAAAAAAUGAAACAACGAAAGCUGGAAGCGAUAGAGACCGGACAACCAAUACGGAACGGUCCCAGCAGAAAGGAACUGAAACGAAACAAAGUUGACUAUAGCAAAUCGGACAUUACGAUCGUCGUGGAUCUCAGCUUCGACGGGAUGAUGAUCGACAAGGAUGUGGCAAAGUGUGUGAAACAACUGCUCAGGAUCUACACUAUGAACCGUAGAUCGGAGAAACCUAUCCCGCUGCAUUUUACUGGUAUUAAAGAGGGAGGUGCCAUCGAAAGGCAUCUCAAACGAAACGAUGGCUAUCAGCAUUGGGAUGUUAGGUUCAGUGCGGAUUCAUUUUUGAACAUGUUUGAUAAACAAAAAUUAGUUUAUUUAACUAGCGAAUCGGAUAACGUUUUGUCUGAGCUGGAAAAGGAUCACGUGUACGUUAUUGGAGGUUUGGUAGAUCACAAUCAGCAUAAAGGGCACUGUCACACGCUAGCCAGCGAAAUGGGAAUCAAGCAUGCUCGGUUACCACUGAGUGAGCAUGUUGUGAUAAAGACAAGAACAAUACUGACUAUCAAUCAGGUUUUUGAAAUCCUGAUGAAAAUUCAACUCGGAAGAAAAUGGCAGGAUACACUUCUCGAGGUGCUACCGAUGCGAAAGGGAGCAAAACCAAUAGAAGGAACUAAGGUUGAACAUAUUUUAGGAGAUGUUGUACAGACUGUACAUCAAAAUAUCGCCUCUAGCUAGCACAAUAUUUCACGUUUGUUACUUCUUUAUACCGGAAUGUAAUAAAUGAAAUUAUUACUGUUUU